CUCAAACACAACGAGGACAACAUUUAACAGUGGAUUGAACCCAAGUGCUGUGGUUUACGACAGUUUUCAUCAUGUGGAGCUUCAUAGUCGUUUUUAUCUGCAUAUUUUCAGUUGAGUCUUUGACUGUAACAGCUCCAGUCGGAGGAAUGGUCACUCUUACGUGUUCACAUUUACUGGCCCGCUUCAAUAUCAAGUAUUUCUGCAGAGCUGAUUGUGCAGACAACAAUAUUCUCAUCAGAUCUAAGACAGGAAAAAGAGAGACUCACAAAGGGAGAUAUACUCUUCACGACAUGGGGACAGAGUUCACAGUGACCAUCACUGACCUGCGGAAAUCAGACUCUGGGACGUAUAUCUGUGCAGUUGAGAGAUUUCUUAAAGACACUUUCAGUGAUGUUACUCUAAAUGUGAUUGAAGGAACACCAGAGAUUGGGAAAUCGACUGCAGCCACAAAACCACCAGUAACCGCAAGCAGAUCAGCAGUGUCUGAACAUUUGGUUUAUUUUGGUGCUGGUCUAGGUGCACUUGUGCUGAUUCUAACAGUCCUCCUCUUCAUAUUAAUCAAACAAAAGUAUAAGCAGAAGAGAUGCUCCAGCACUGUGACGUCAGCAGUACAUCAGUCUGAUUCUGUCAACUACGCCACAGUGAGCUUCACAGCACAACCAGACAGUCUGAACUAUUCCUCUGUGUUUUUCAUCAAGGACCCUGACUAUGACAGCAGUGAGAUGUUUUCAGAGGACGCAACAAUUUAUUCAUCUGUUCGGUCUUAAAAGGAAUCACAUGUCAUUGAUUCAAACUCCGUGAUCAAUUUCACUGUUACAAAAUGAUUGCAGAUUAGGUUGAUUUAAAAAAAAAA